AUGUCAGAUCCGACGGGUACAUCUACUCGGCCGGAUAUGGUUGAAGCGGCACGGAAGUUUAUGUUAACUCCGAAAGUAAGGGAGUCAUCAUUUGAAGAACAACGAAACUUUUUACUGGGAAAAGGACUUACUGAAUCCGAAAUUCUGGAGGCAAGGUCAUCAAUUCCACCGGAACAGUUGAGAAGUCUAAUCGGAGCAGAACAUGGAGUAGUAGGAAAUGGAAGCAACCAAGUUAUGAUGGCACCACAACAGAAUCGAGUUCUCGCCGUGGCACAAUCAGCAGUUGUUUUGGGGGCAAUAUCCUAUGCUGGAUAUCGAUUCAUUCGAUCAUAUAUUCUUCCUCGGUUCUUUGAUAUUCCUGAUCCAGCCACAGAAGAAACUCGACAGCUUCAAGCUCAAGUGAAUGACCUUCAAAAUUCAAUAAAGUUCAUAAUGGAUUCUGUCUCUCAAACAACACAACAAUUGGCAACUCAACAAGCUGAAAUAUCUAGAGCAUUGUAUUCAGUGGCUAAUCGAGAUGCGGAUUUGAGUAGAGUUGAGAGUGGAAUCUCAACAAUCAAAAGUUUACUGCUUAGUCAACAUAAUUUUGCUCCUAUUGUGGCACCUAGUGUUACUUCUUCGAUUCCGUCAUGGCAACAAAGUGCAAUUCCCACUUCUUCUACCUCGAUGACCACUACAACAACUUCAGAAGCUGCUUCUGGAUACGCUACUCCUCCUGCUAAUUUUAAAGAAGCAUCAUUGGCUGAUGAAUUAGCAGAUAUCGAGAGCAUUGAAUAG